AUGACAAUUUAUGACGAUAUUAAAAGUGAACAUGAAGGGGCAAAAGAAGCAUUGAAGAAGUGGAAAGAGAAUCGGGAGGAGAGGCUGAUCCAGUUGUUGAGAGAAGAGGCAGAAAAGCACAUUCUGAAAGCAUUAAGAGAAUUUAGAGAUCCAGAAAGUUGCUGCUACAAUGGUUACAGAGAAGAUCCAAAGCUUAAUAAUGAGUCACUGGGCAUUAAGCCAUUUGUAGAUGUUGGUGAGAGGUUGCCUUUCACAGGUAGAAAUGAAGAACUUGGACAUCUGGUGAAAUUUAUUCAUAAAAACCUUGAUACCUGGUGCUACUCUUAUAAAUCCAGGUAUACACCUAACAAUGACCAAAAUAUUCUCAAUGAGUAUUGGAAACGUGAAUACCAACAUCCAACAGUUGCAGAUGGACCUGGCCGUGGUAUAGCUGGUGCUCAAACAGUACUUGCACUUCGUAUACUCCACCAGUCUAUCAAUGGCAAUCUGAAUUAUGCUGAAUUCAUCAGUGAUCUUAAGGUUACCCUUGGACAACAUCAUAUUAAAUUUGAAGAUAUUACAUUGGAAGCUGUACUAGAGCAUAUAUGUGUUCUUCCUCCUAGCAUUUCUCUUCCAUAUAUGGUGCUUCUUCAUCUAAGUGAAACCAACUCAUUGCUCAAAAAAUCACCUUAUGAAUCUCUCCAACUAUUAAUGAAAGCAGCAUUAUUGAGGGCAUUCAAUUCCAAUGAUAUUUUAACAGAAAAUUUCAAUGAGUUUAAUGUAACUGAACACUUUUUAGUUACUCUUACCAAUAGUGGACACUUCUUAGCUGCUCUUGCUGACUGUGGUGACAAUGUUCGGCUUUUUUCUCUGAUGGUAUAUGUAAUUGGCUGCUAUGAUGACAAAUCACACUUGUUCAGCUGGAAUAGACUAUUUGAAAUCUUGUUAAAGCUCAGUGAUUAUGCAUCCAAAGUUGAACACUGGAUUAAUACUGUGCAUUACCUUGUGACUACCUCCUUUCCCAAAUAUACUACAUGUCUUUUACAACUAGAUACUCAUUGUCUGAUGCAUGUAUUGACACCUGCACUGCUUGGUGAUCCAAUUGAUAUGAAUCCAUCAUCAGAAAUAAUGAAGUCAGGUAUCACCUGGGAGGAUCUUGAAAAAGAUGGUGCUAUCAGUCUCAUUAGCAAUAAAGAGCUCAUUUCUAUUGAGCUGCCAUUCAUGUUCAUCCAACUAUAUCUUGGCCACCCUCACAAUGACAAAAAUCCACUAAUUAGUUUCAUACACUUGCUUAACCACCUCAAUGAUAAAUCAAAUUGGCGUCAGAAUGAAAAAUGUGAUAUUGCAAUGGAGGUAGUACCCAAUCUCUAUGGGCCUGUUUCAGAUAAAAAUUUGAGGCUACCUCAAGCAAUCCAGCAGUUGAACUUGUUGGGAGCUUAUAUUGGUGCUGGGAAUGAAACUUUUGCAGAUUCAUGGUUUGUGUUCAAGCAUAGUAAUGAUGAUGGUGAUUUUGAGAACAUGGCUGUGAACAAAAAUGUAGUUGUGCUGGGACUUGAGAGUAAAUCUUGUGCUAAGGAAGAGGCCUUGUAUGCUAAUUAUUCCAACUUGCACAAGAAUAAGGUGAAGAGAAAGCUGCCUAAAGGAACUCCACUUGUUUUUAUGAUGAUUGCAGAUAUGAAAGGUGAUAAUAUUAUAGCUGAGGAGGAUGAAAUUAUCAUUGUAUCUGAAAACAUAGAAAAGCUUUAUGGACCAUGGCUUGCACAGCACCAUCAAUUUGCACU